CAUCACAGCAGUCUAGCAUCCCCCCCAGCAAGGUGUCACUUAGGCAGCUAACUUCUUGUUUUACGUUGCUAUUUAGGAAACCAUUUGUUACUCAUCUCUGCCUGGGCUUUGGUAUCAUGAAGGGAAUCAAGUUUUUCGUGGUCUUCUUGGUGCUAUCCGCGUCUUUGCUGUGCACAAGCGAAGCGGCGAGGAGCAGGACCAGUAACCAGAACAGCUUUCGACGAGCAGCUAACGGCAUCUACCAGACUCUAAGCAGUGUUUUCGGAGAGGACAACAUCCGAGGGUUAUACAAGUUUUUCUCUAAAACAACGGAGAGGUUUGUUCACGGGGUGGACUCUUUUCUCGACACCAUCUGGAAGAUCUGGUCUGAUUUACUGGAUGUGAUGGGCAUUGACUCUUCAAACCUCAGCCACUACUUCAGCCUCACAUCCCUCACCAACUCUCCAGCUCGUGCCCUUCUUCUGGUUGCUGCUGUACUUUUGGCUUACUGGUUCCUCUCCAUGUUCCUGGGGGGUUUCUUUUACCUGCUGCACGCUGUGUUCGGCCGCUUCUUCUGGCUGGCGCGUGUCUUGCUCUUCGCUCUUUCUUGCCUCUACAUCCUGCAGAAGUUCGAGGGCGACCCUGAGCGUGCUGUGCUGCCGCUGUGCUUCAUCAUGGCUGUGUACUUCAUGACAGGGCCUGUGGGAGCAUACUGGCGUCGGGGAGGCGGUGCAGGAUCGCUGGAAGAGAAAAUCGACCACCUGGACACUCAGAUCAGGCUGCUCAACAUCAGGCUGAGCCGCGUCAUAGAUGGCCUGGAACGCAGCGGGGAGCAGUAGGUGCUGGCCAGGAUAACGGGGAGGGAGGGGAUGUUGUUCAACCAGCUGCAGCUGAUGUCAGAAUGCUGUUACCAAUGCACAUCUGCAGCUACACAACCACUGGGUGUUUCUAUUGUCAGAUGGGAGACAAAUCUAGAUGUGAAAACAGUAUUUUAACUGCUUUAGUUGAUAUUAAUUACCUAAAAAUCCUCAAAGAUGUGGACGGUUGUCUUGGAGCUUACACAAAUCAACCAAACAAUUUUCUUUUGUUUUUCUUCUCAAGGCUUUAAAGCUUUUUGCCACAUCAAAUGAAACCAUCAGAGAUGUCCUUGAUUUUCUCCUCCUUUGAGAAACUCCCAACCUAGGACUUGAAUUUUUGAUGUUUGGAUAUGUAUCAUCAAAGCCUAUACUAAAGUAUAUUCUGUCUUUAUUUCUGAAUAACCUUAGGGUUGUGAUUGUUACACAGAUUUGUCUUUAUUUUUUCCCAAUUUUGACACUAUUAAAGGUGUAAAGGGGUUGGGUUAAUGAUGAAGGGGACGGAUAAAAACAUUGUAUUUCUCAUAUGUAAAAAAAAAAAAAAUUCUUGAGAUGUUAGAGAGUUGUUCAUAGUAAGAUUUAUUUAUUCCAUUUUCCAUCCAGAUGUUAAAAUCAUGUAGAACUAGUUUGUUUCAGUAGCUCAUCAUUCAAUAGUGGCAAAAGUUUGACAUCAGGACCUCCUUUUCAUUGUAUUUGUGUAUGAGUGCACACAUGUAAGCAUAUGAAUGACCUCUUUGAGUGUUUGUGAUUUUAAAAAGCACUGAAUCAAAAACAAAAGGUACCAUGAGACUAGAAGGAAAUGUGGACAUGCAGCAAUAUCUCAGGGACUCAAACCAACACAAAUCUGGAAUUUGGAAAGAUAUGUGAAGAAGUUAACAGAAAUCAUCUCCAUCUCUUUGAGUCACUUUACAGUUUUUAAAAGAUGGCUGGCACGAUGGUCUUGCAUCAUGGUAAAAUAGUAGAGAUUGCUUAUUUUUCAUAUAUCAAAUCCUUUGAUUCUUUUACUUUUGGUGCAUUUGAUUAUUUGUAGGAAUAAGUACCACUAGUUUAAAUUGGAAUAAAACACAUGUUCAUAUUAACAUUAGCACAAAGAAAGCAAAUAAGUCCCACAGUUUCUCAUACUAAGUUACUUCACAAUGGCUGUAAGUAUGCUUCACUUUUAAGUAUCAUAAAUCCACUGCAGAAACUCAAACCAAAGCAAGUGUUAGGGAGGCAAGAUAUCUGCAAAUAUAAGUACUUUGCAGAUGACGUCACACACCUGCAGAGAACUCCAGAUGGGGGAAAAGAAGUGAUUUCUGCUUAGAGAAGUGCCACCAAAAGGUUAUAUUGGUGCUGUUUGCAACUAUGCCAAGGUUUCAGAAGUGUGAAAAUAAAAAACAUUUUUAAGUUACUUUUGUGUCCUUAAAGUUGUGACACAUCUAGGCAAUAAUAGAAAAACUAUGAAAAGUUUACAGAGAAAUGACAGCAGGCAUGGAUUUAAAAAAAGCCUCCAUCUAAAGCCUGGACCAUGUUUCCUCUGCUGAUAUCCGUCUAGUCUUGCUCGUGAUGGGAAAUCAUGUCUUUUCAGAGAUCUGGAUCAUUUGACUCAGUUUAGUAGGGCUGGUUGGUUGGCUCCCAAAUGGCUCUUCAUUUGGCUUUUUAAAUGUUGACUGAAUAACGACAAAGGAUGGAGGAAAGGAAACUGGCACUCAAAUGGAGCUAGCUACAGUGGCUCACAUUAAAGAGCCAUUUUGUAGAACAGGCUCAUUUGUGAACAGCACAUGAUUAUUCAGUCAGUCGACCCACAAGAAUUAAUUGGUUAAUUGUGAAUCACCAUUUCAAUUGAAAGCAUGUUUAUGACAAACAGAAAUUUUCUCAGAUAGCUGCUUAGCUCAGUACAAGAGUCAUCUAGACUCCUGUCUUCCUUUGUCUGGCUAGAAGACACUAGGAGGUCUGUAGGACACUUUGUGAUAUUGAUCGCCAUUCCAGGUAGAUCAUUUGAAUUGUGGAAAACAAUCAUGUUUUGUAAAAGAUCAUACUCAAUGUGUUUAGAAAUUUUCUGAUAACUGGAGUGUGCAGGUCCAUUUAGAGCUGUAAAGUACUAACUUUCCUCCGUUCCCAUUCAUUCCUAAUGGCUGUCCCCACUUCUAGGCCCCCAUCUAGCAUUUGUUUAUCAUCAGGAUCACGUGACUUCAAACAACCUAUCGCUCAAAAAGUUAAAUAACAGUACAGGCAGGUAUGGAAAUUUCUGUGGAUAUUUACAGCAGAUAUAUCAGAAUAAGUAAUUUUUGUUAUAUUGUGGCAAUUUUCUGGUAAUUAGGUGGUAUUUUACCCCAAUCCCCUAACCCCUACCCUAAAAUUACUUGAAAAUUAUCCAGGAAGGAAAUAGAUAAACUGGGAAUUAUCCAACAAUUUAUAUGGAAUUUUGUCAUCUAAUUUCUUAGAAAUUACUUGGUAAAAUACCACCUUAUUACAGAGAAUUCUCACAAUUUUAUAAAGGUUAGGGUGAGAGGGCUAGGCCAAAAUACAACCUAAUUAACAGAAUAGACAAAAUAUUCCAAGUGUUGAGAUUAGGAUUAGGGUAAAAUACCACCAAUUUACCUGAAAAUUACCACGAUAUUACAAAGCUUUACUUGAUAAUUAAUAUAUUAUCACUAGGUUAUUACCUCUGUAACAUUACAGAGUUAUUUUUUGAAAAAUGCUAGCUUAUUACACAGUUAUCACCAUGUUAUUCUUGAGAAAUUACAAGAUAGUUUCAAGUAUGCUCAUAAAACCACCUAAAUAAAGUGCUGCCAAUAUUACUUGCUAAGAUUUUAGUUUUUUGCAGAAUGUGAUUGAUUUGUCAUUGUAUUUGUUGAUUAAAUUAGGUCUUGUGCCUUUUAGUCUGUUGCAAAAAUAGAUUUUCAUAUUGUUUUAUCCUAUUUGGUUGUGUUGUAUACUUAAUGAAAUAGUUUAAAGACUACAUUUGAUGCUAUUUUUACAGGGUACUCCAUAAGAAAUGUACAACCAGCCUGAUACAUAAUGACACUAAGCAUGUGCUUUAGAUUAGGAUACUUAAAAUUAUCAGUACCUUUUUGAUACCUGUGUUCCAAAAUCAGAAAAUUAAUCUUUACUUGACUGCGUCAUAGUGAUAUGUGUUAAAAAAAGGCAGAUCUCCGGUCAAAUUUUGAACUUAAAAUGCUGCAAAAUAAUUAUAAGCAAUAAAUGAGGAUCAAUAUUAUCAAACAGGUCUGGUCUUAAUCUUAUUUUGGGAACAAUUGAAGAGACUAUCUAAUUUGAAUGAAUGCAAAGGCAACAUUUCAGAACAGUGCCGGUGUAUUUGUGCGUUUGCGAUGGCGUACAAAAGUUUUCCUGCAAUUUAAGAUCAUUAAAAACAAGAAAUUGCCCAACACGUGGUGUUGAAACAGGUUUUAAUACCAUUUAUUUUUUACUCAGAUCACUUCAGAUUUAACAUUCUGAUAUUGUUUCAACCAGAUGUAAAGCACAUGCUUAGUGUACAUCACUGUAGCCCUCAUUCUUAGCUUGAUUAGGACUUUUUUGUGUUUUUCUUUCUGCCUUUUUCAAUGUUUACUGUAAUAUUCCGUCUUAAAACACUGGAACUUUUCCUGCCAUGCUUCUGUUUUUGUCUUUUCGUAUCCCGCUUGCCUCAUCAUCUUUUUUUUUUUUUUUUUUAAAUUCAAAUGAAUAAAAUCUGGAGUAUGUAAACAUG